AUAGAAUUUAUUUGAAAUUACAGUUUAAGUCGUUUGUCAUGAUGGAAGAAGACAGUUUAGGCCGGUAGGUGCUGGCAGCAGGAAGGAGUGUUGCCUGGGGUGAGGACGUAAACACUGUGAGUCACCAACACCAUCUACACUUCUCAUUUCCACCGGAUCUAAAUGGUGAUGGUAGACUAGAGUCGAGUUAACAGGACUUGUAAGAUCAUAAAGCAAGUAGGUGAAGACACAAAUUUGAAAAACCACCUUUACUACGUCUGGAAAGCGAGUGAUUUUCCAAUUAUCAAGACUCGACAGAUAGAGACCUGCACAUUGGAUAGACAAGGAAGUUAUUCUGUGCGAUAAAUCUUCUGAAUUCUUUCCAGUGUUUGAUAAGCUAUAAUGGCAUCUGGUGUAAACGUAGCAGAUGGGGUCCAACAGGCUUAUGCCAAGAUCAAAACUGGGAUGAAAUAUAGGUUUCUCAUUUUCUACAUAAAGGAUGACAAGGAAAUUGAUGUGGAGAAGUUUGGUGAGAGAGAGGCUCAAUAUGACGACUUUCUAAACUAUCUUGCUAGCUUGGGUCCAGAUAAAUGCCGUUAUGGUCUUUAUGAUUUUGAGUAUGAGCACACUUUCCAGGGAACAUCAAAUACUAAAAUGAACAAAUUGGUCCUGAUGUCUUGGUGCCCUGACACUGCCAAAAUUAAGACAAAGAUGCUUUAUUCUACCAGCUUUAAUUAUCUCAAGCAGGCUCUAGAAGGCAUUGGUAAAUGUAUCCAGGCUACAGAUAUGUCCGAAGCAUCUUAUGAAAGUGUGCUGGAGAAAUGUAGUGCUUCAGACCGAUCUUAAGUUUGUCAUGGGAUGCCCUUUUAGAAUUCAUGUUUCAACAAUCACAUCACUAAUGGAAUGCUGAAACCGUGGCCAACCCCACAGCAUGAUGAGGGUAACUCUGAGCACCACUUGCACAUUCUUCUUGCAUUACUUUUCUUGGCUUUUCCACACCUGAUAUUAAGCUCUUUGGUUAGCAUCAGGGUGACUCGCUUUAUUCUUAUGUUUGUUGUUUUUAUUUAAACUUGAUUGUUUAAUACGUUGGUGGACCAUAACAGUUGUUCACCUCAAGCUUUGGGAUACUGUAUAUGGGCAACUGCUUUUGUUUUGUCCAUAUUAAAAAAAAAAGCAUAAAUAUAUUCUGCAUAACCAAAUGUGCAUAUGAAUCCCAUCUUGUACCAUCCAGUCUGCUACUGUAAAAAAAUGAUUGUUUUCAUUGUUACAUUGGUUCUUGGUGGCAAUCAAUCAGCACACAGUUUCUGGCUCAAAUUAAGCUUGACCUCGCAUGUUAUUCUCUGGUCCGGUGUUAUUAGAAUUUAUAACCUUACUGUUUAGUGGCAUACCAGUGUUAUUCAGCUUGUUGAGUUGGCCCAAAGAAGUUAAAUAAUUUAUGAGGAUCUUAUCUCUCUACUAUAUGCCAUAUUGACAUGAAUGCAUCAACCACCACUAGUUUUCAUUGAUCAUAAUAAUGGGAUUAAUUUCAUAAGUAUUCCUUGACUGGUUUAUUCUUUUUUACUUUGCAAUAUUUUUCUAGUACAGUACAUGGACUGUUACUAUUAUGGAAAUAAAUCUUGCUGGGAUUAUUUUAUAUGGUCAUAUGGAAGGAUGAUUUUCAACAUGUCAGCUGAUAUAUUUCAUUUAUAAUCAUUCCAUUUGUUAAGUUCUUUAAGGAUAAUCUUGGUAUAAAUAAUUCUUCAACUUGUCUAAUAUAUAUAAAUAUAUACGUACUGUAUACAGUUAAUCAUUCCAUACGUAAAGUUGUCUAUUGAUACAUUCACUUAACAUCAUUCCUUAUUUUCAUAUAGUGGGUAUUGCAGUAAAAUGUACAUAAUACUUGUAUCACAUACAUUCCAUAACUUUAGGAAAUAAAAGAUAGGUAAACCCAUGUAUAAAAUGUGUGCAGUCAUAAUGGCAAAAUCAACACAAAACAAUGUGGACUAAUUUUACAGGUACAGUAUGUGCUCUUGUGAUUGGUAUGAAAAUGUGUUAUGGUAGCUACAGGUUUGUUGGCAUUCCUCAUUGUAGCAGCUAAAAUAUUAUACCAAAACUGUGAUAGGAUUUUUGCCAACAUUCCUCACUGUAACUGCUAAAGAUGUUUUACAAAUGUUUACUGUAAUACUUACAUGAAUUAUCUAGUUUCAGGAUUUAAGGAAAUAAGUUUUAUUAUAGAUUUUUGUGUGCACAUAUAUUUUGGCACUUCACAUCAGUGUGGACAGUAUUUGAAGAUUUGGAAGGAAUAAAAAGUUGAUUGCCUCUACUGCAUUUUGUUUCUUCCUUUUCUGAGGGAAAGUGAAGACAAAGAAGUAUGGAGAGGAAUAAGUUAUAAUUCUCCAAGUCAGCUGAUCUUAUUUUUUUAUCAUGUUCAUUAAAUUCAGCUUAAAUUAAUGCUCUGGGGUCACUCCAUAAGUUAGGCUGGUUAAUUACUUAAUUCUCUUCUGCCAGGUAGUGUAUAGAUAUACAGUAGGCUGUGAUGGGUGACUGUGACAGACUAUUGUUCCGUCAUAAUCUUGGUGAAAUAUUGAACAUUAGUCCUGUGGUUUAGAACUUAUAAUGGAAGUUAGUUUUACUGUUUGUGAGAGCAAUGAGUCCUGGUUAGGUUUAGAUAAUUAUCCCUGGUCAGGCACAAAUAGUCGCUCUCCUAGUUUUAUGACCUACCAGUUUACUUACUUAUUUCAUUAUUCCCAAACAUUCAUGAUGUUAUUAAGUCUACAAAUACUGUAACCUUUCAGUAAGAUACUAAUCUGCAAUCUCCAUACAGUAUAACUUACUCCUCACUCACAUGAAGAUAAAUGACUCAUCGCUCACACAAACAUAGUCACCCAGCCAGUUGCCUGAUAAUCCAAUUUUUUCUCAUUUACUAUCAUGUAAUAUGUGGAAAAUUACAUAUAAGGAAAUUA